GGCGGGACGGGGGGAAAGGGGAGACAAGGAGGGCUCUGGGGUCCCACCCCGCUCUUCCCCCGGGGCAGCCGUGCCGGCGAACCCCUCGGUGCCCGGAGCUGCUCCGUGCCCGCCGCGGCCGCUCUCGGUGUUCGCUGCCCGCCGCCGGUCCCUGCGUGCCCCGAGGUUUGAGAACGGCCUCGCUGGAGCUGCCUGCCGGCAGAGCCAUGGAGGACUUGGAAAAUAAUACCACUGUCUUCUCCACCCUGAGAUCCCUCAACAACUUCAUUUCACAGCGAAUGGAGGGAGUGUCUGGGCUGGCUACGCCUGGAUCUUCUCAAAGCUCCUUACAGAUGCAGUACCAGCAGAGGAUGCAGCUGGAGGAACAAGCUGGGCAGAUCCACUCCAAAUCCCAGCUGCUGCAGGUGGAACGGGAGAAGAUGCAGAUGGAGCUGAGCCACAAACGAGCUCGCAUCGAGCUGGAGAAGGCAGCUAAUACCAAUGCCAGGAACUAUGAGCGAGAGGCUGACCGUAACCAGGAGCUGCUCACGCGCAUAAAGCAGUACCAGGAAAGGGAAACAGAGGCUGAAAAUAAACUGAAAGAACAAAUGGAGACGAACAAAUCUUACAAGAAGAGCAUGGAGACAAUGAGUAAGAAGCUGCAAGAGAAGGAGAACAAAUUAGCUGAAGCUAAUGAAACAAUCACUGUAUUAAAAGGGAAAAUAUCAGAGCUGCAAUGGAAUGUAAUGAACCAAGAGAUGCAGAUGACAAGCCAAGACUCUCAGAAGCAGGAACUGAUGGAGCAGCUGGAUGUUGAAAAAAAGAAAUGGCAGGAGGCAAGUCAGCAAAUCCAGACACUGCAAGCAAGCCAGUCCUUACUGACAGAAUAUGAACAGAAGAUUAAGGAUUUGGAGCAGAAGUUGUCCCAGCAGGAACAUGAUGCUGUAAUUGUCAAGAACAUGAAGGCAGAACUGUCUCGUUUCCCAAAAAUGGAGCGUGAAUUGCGCCAGCUCAGGGAGGAAAAUGCCUACUUCAGGGAAAUGAAAGAAAACAAUGGUUUGCUUAAAGAGGAAGUGGAAGGUCUCCAAAGGAAGCUGGAACGCUAUGAGAAAGUCCAAGCACAGCUAGUGACUGUGGAAUUGGAAAAUGAGAAGCUUCUGGGAAAAUUACAAAGCUGGGAGAAACUGGAUCAGAGCACUGGCUUAAAUAUCAGGACACCUGAUGAUCUCUCAAGGCAAAUUGUGGCCCUGCAGCAACGGGAGCUUGCCCUGAAAGAGCAGAAUUCCACCUUCAUGAACAGUGCCCGGAUGCUGGAGAAGGCCCGGCAGCAGCUGCAGGAGGAAAUCCUGUGUGUUCAGAGCCAGCUCUUGGAUGAGAAGAAGAAACGGGAGCACCAGGAAGCGCUGGUCAGGCGGCUGCAGAAACGCGUGGUGCUCCUCACCAAGGAGCGCGAUGGGAUGCGGGCGAUCCUGGAGUCGUACGACAGCGAGCUGACCCCGGCGGAGCACUCGCCGCAGCUGAGCCGCCGCAUGCGCGAGGCCGAGGACUUGGUGCAGAAGCUGCACGCUCACAACACCGAGCUGGAGGCUCAGCUGUCUCAGGUUCUGGAAGAAGUGGGAAACCACAAGCAAAGAGCAGAGAUGCUGGAGGUGGAGAUGAAGGUCCUGAAGUCUCAGCAGUGCACGGCUGAGCAGAGCACUGUCAUCACCAAGGAGGAGGUGGACACACUCAGGUUGAAAAUUGAGGAGCUGGAAGCUGAGCGCAGCAAGCUGGCAGAGGAGAACAGAUCUCUGGAAAUGCAGCUGGAGAAGCUCACUCUGCAGGGUGACUACGACCCCAGCAGAACCAAAGUUCUCCAUUUCAGCAUGAACCCGAUGAGUUUGGCCAAGCAGCAGCGCAAGGAGGAGCAGCAGCAGCUGCAGGAGGAGUGUGAAAGGCUGCGGGAGCUCGUGCGGGUGCUCAAAGGAGGCGGCUCCAUCUCUGGGACUCUGGAAGGAGUUGGGGGUUUUCAGUCCCCACAAGAAGUUGCAGAGCUGAAGAAGCAAGUGGAAAGUGCAGAACUGAAAAACCAGCGCCUGAAAGAAGUUUUCCAGACCAAGAUCCAGGAGUUUCGCAAGGUGUGCUACACACUGACGGGGUACCAGAUCGACAUCACCACGGAGAACCAGUACAGGCUCAGCUCCAUCUACGCCGAGCACCAGGGGGACUGCCUGCUCUUCAAGGCCUCCAGCUCCUCCGGUGGAAAAAUGCAGCUUCUGGAAACGGAGUUCUCACGAACCAUCCGGGAGCUCAUUGAACUCCACCUGCUGCGCCAGGACAGCAUCCCAGCCUUCCUCAGCGCCCUCACCCUCGACCUCUUCAGCCGACAGACCAUUGCUUAGUGUCCCACUGCCAGCUGCCAGCCAGGGUUUGGCCCUCCUGGGCAGGACACUUGAGGUAGCAAGGAAAGAUUCUCCUGUUCAUCACCCUUAAUUUGUGGUUUUGGGUAGCUUCUGUUUUGCAAGGAACUCCUUCUUCCCCUUUCUUUCAUGCUGAGUCACAAAUCCCACCGAUUCCUCUGAAAAGCAUAAUUUUCCUCUUGUGUGAGGUCAAGUCUAGCUCCAUCCCAGAGCUCUCCUGUGCCAGAAUCCAAUCCCUGCCUUUGAACUGGGCCAUGUGUUCAUCACUACCCAGAUUCUCAGGAUCUGUCUGGGAAUACGGUGGGAACUGCUGGUUUGAGGAGCCCCAGCAUCACCAUUCACAGCUUUUCCCAAAAGGAUUCCCUAAAUAUGGGCUCUAACAAAGAGACAAACCUGCAUCAGGCAAGUGCUUCCUGCUGCAUGGUUGUCCUCUUCUAAUGGCAGCCAAGGGCUUGGUCCCUGAGGACGGAGACCCAGGGAAAAUCUCUUGCUCUUGCAAACAUCUCAUCACUUAGCAAGUUUGAAAUUAUUUUUAAGAUAUCUGUGACCUGAGUCUGCCAUCACUCAGCAGACAAGCACAAGCAUAAAUGGCCAUUUGAAGCCCCUAUAGCUGUGUUGACACCUCUGUGGCUCAGUCACUGCCAUGCCUUUGGUUCCUUACUGAGACUUUAGGGCUCUUGGUUAUCUCAGGACUUUAGAAAGUGGAAAGGAUCAGUUUGGGCUCCAUUGUGUUCAAUGCUGGUGGCUUUAGCCUGCUGCCUGCCACCACCCUUUGGAUAUCUGUCUUGGGAGGUCUCCUUCCUCCUCCCCUCCAUGGAGGGUGGAGCAUCCCCAGAAGUCUGACAUUUUGUGUUAUAAUGGAUGUAGCUCUUCUGUCAUAACAAUAAAUUGUCACUGCCCAAACUGGGUGUAAGACUCUUAUUUGGGAUGCACUCUGUGCCUUGCUGUGCCCUCCCACAUGUAGAGGAUGAGCACAUCAAUGGUCUGAUGUGCUUCGCAAAGGGAGGACAUCAUUAUCUCUGUUUUUCCAGGCAAGUCUCAUUCAUAGAUUUAUAGAAUCAUCAAUGGUUUGGGUUGGAAGGGACGUUAGAGAUCAUUUAGUCCCAACCCCAGCUGCCUUAAACCAAAUCAGUUUGCUAUAAACUUCUGUGUAUAUUGAUUUCCCCCUGAUUUCAGCAGGAACACCCUCCCUAGGCUUGGAGAAAAGGUAGCAGUGAGCAGGCUAGAAAGUUAGCUGAGACAAUUGCAGUGACUGCAGGGUUGGCCAGGCUUGCUGGAGUCACUUGGAGACCUGUUGAUGUGUCUACAGGCAUGGAAAACAUCUGCUGUUGACCCCGUGUGCUGUUGAUCAGAGGUGGAGGGACAAACAUGAGGUCUGGGGAGGCUGCAGCCCCCACCUCCCCAGCUCUCCUCUCUGCAGGGAAGCGCAAUAGCAAAAGUUUGUCAUUUUCUCUUCUGCUUGAAGAAGUCCCGGUGGAAGAUGGAUUGCUGGGCGUGCUGUGCCAGGGGAAGGCUGCCUGAUUCAUAUGCACGGCGCGGCACGGAGAGUCGCCUUCCCCAGUCAUGGGGAAAAUGAAUCAUGACGUCAGCCGCAUUCAGCUCCGCCGCCAACACAAUAGCAGAUCCUGGCUGCCGCGGAAAAUUUUUCUCCUGGCUCCUUGCAGGAGAAAUGAAGUAAUUAAUAAGUUUACAAUAAACCCUCUAUCUUAGCAAAACACAGGUGAGGCGAGAAGCGAUGCUGGAGAGCGACAAGGGAAAACACGUUCUGCCCAUUGGAAAGUUGCCUCCCGAGAGUGAAAGGAUAAUAAGUUGGGAGAGAACACACAGUAGGCUUCCGAGACACCUCCAGUGGGGAGGAGACAUGAAUUACUGCUCUGCUCCAUGUUCUCCCAGCAAGACUGAUUUGUUCAACUAAAUUUAAUAUGGCAGCAUGGCUGGGAGAGGUGUGUGGUGAGGAUGGGUGCUUGGCUGGGUGUGCUGGUGUGGUGAAGCACCUGUCCAUGGCUUGGGGAGCUGCUGGGUGACUGUCCUGCUUUGGUCAGCAGCAUCCCUGCCCUGCUCAUGGUAUUAUGCUGCUCCACAGUAAGUUCACAGGGCUCACAUGAAACUGGAAUUUUUGGGAAGCUUGACAUCUCUAAGGCUCACACAUGGAAACGUGGGAGUUUUUCAUGUGGAGAUGUGACCAUUGCAAAGCCACUUGGGCCACCUGUGGGCCAUGGAGAAGAGGAGCUGAGACUCCCCAGUUUCUAGUUCCAACACUGAAUUCAGGAUGAAGCCAUAAACCUAUGGCUGUACCUGAUACCACGGCAGCUCCUAUUUCUGUCAUUAUCCUGCUUGUCUGAGCCAAGAGGGAGCUGCAAGGAAUAACUGUGUUCACCACCCCCUGCAUCCCCCCUCCAUGAAUGCAGCCCCCAGGGGCAGUGCAAAGAGAUCCCAGUUGCCACCACCCAGGUGGUGAGGGCACAAAUCCCAUCUGGGUUUGGCUCAUCACUUGCAAAGCUCCAGCCCUGAUUGUGGAAAAUCCUUUUAAAAAUCUUGGGAGCUGGAUAAUAAAUUUGGUUGGAGGGGAAAGGCGGGAGUGCUCACAAGCGUGUGUGUGCUCGCUGGGUUUCUGUGCACACUAGCUGGGUUUAUGUGCUGUAGGCUGUGAAAUAUGAUUUCUUGGUGCAUGGCUGCAGGAUUUUUUGUCUCUCUCUGUGUGUCUGUGUGUGUGUGUGUGUGUGUGUGUCAAAGCACCGUCUUGUUUGCAGUGUUGCCUGAAGCUUCCCUUCACUCAAACUGCUCAUGAGUCCCUGCUCUGCUACAAAGCAGCCCUGUGCAUCUGUGUGCAUAUACAAACACCAAACGGGCACGGAGCUGUCGGGUGAAGCAGCAGAGCUCUGAGCUAAGGCAGGUUUCACCAGAUUUGUGCCUCUCCUAAAGGCACAUCUCUGACCCUGGAGCCUUUUGCACCUGCUUUGUGUCUGCUGGCUCUUGGUGUCACCACGUGUUGUUUGCAUUGUCCUGGAAGUGUGCUAAGCCUGAGAAGGAGCCAGGGAAACCCUUUCGGGAUGAGCCGUGAGAAGUCUGGAGUCGUGGAUGUUAGUUUUGGAUCUCCAUGUAACACUAUAGGAGCAAGGGAAGGGGAAGGGGGAGAGCUUUGGAGCCAUGAUGGAGGUGGGUGCCUAGAGAGUGGAGAGCAGGAGCAGAGCAGGGGAUGGAUGGAAGAAACGGGGCAUGGAUGGAAGGAGAAGCCGCCUCCAUUUCUGAACAGCUGCAGUGUGCCAGCCGUGCUGUCGGUUCUCCAUUGCUCCCCUCUGCUCGCUCCAAACAAACACUGAGCAGCACCUGCCCUUUUCAUUUCCAAACCCAGCAGUGGGUUCACAGGCAGCUGAGAGUGGUGUGACCUGGGAUGAUGGGCAGAGGUGUCAAAAUAAACCCCAGGGGGUGACAGGCAAGAGCCUUCCCCAGACAUCACAGAGCUGAUGCCAGACCCCUGCUGCUCGGGGUGUAAGAGGGCACAGCCAGGGCAGGAUUGGUUCUGUUGGAGCUUUUAGCUGUUCAGACAUUGGGAAAACAAUGGUGGUGUCUGAUGCCAGGUGACUGUAGCUAAAGACAGGAGCUGGGGAGGACGGAACAGGCUCUCUGUGCUGGUGUGAAUCACAUUCCUGCUGCCUGCUGUGACAGCAGAUUCAGAUUUAAUAGCAGCCUUGCUAAAACUUGUAUGAUAUUUAAAAGCUACAAAAUGCACCCACUCUGAUCAGGGGAGGG